GGCAAAACAAGCGAAUAGUUGACCGGCGCAAUGUCUGAAAUGAACGAGCAGGAUCAUCAUAAAGAUGGCGGUGACUCGGGAUCGGAGUACAUUAAGCUGAAAGUCCUUGGGCAGGAUAACAAUGAGAUUCAUUUCAAAGUCAAAAUGACAACAGCAAUGGCGAAACUAAAGAAGUCGUAUAGUGAACGAGUGGGAAUACCAGCAAACUCGUUACGAUUUCUCUUUGACGGACAUCGGAUAAAUGACGAGGAUACACCAAAGAAGCUUGAAAUGGAAAAUGAAGAUGUCAUUGAGGUGUACCAGGAGCAAACGGGAGGAGUAUAACACCAAGGAUAUACCUCUGCAGAGUGAUGCUGUAUGAAAAUCCAUGAGAAAUGCAUCUAGCAGCUGGAUUGGUUUGAUGACACCAGCCUCCAUUAUGUGGGACAUGGCAUGGUGUUAUGUACAUACAUUUUUAUUAUUUUAGAUAUAGCAAACAACUGUGGCGAUAAUCAUUACUGCAAACUAAUUUUAAAGAAUGGUC